AUGGGGCAGAUGACGUUCACGGACAAUUGGCAAAAGCGAGCCCCCGCCCGGCCCCAGUGGAGCCCGCUCGAUGACCCUUGCGAGCCGGUGACGGCCCUUGAUCGACUACGCGAGAUUCAGAAGCUGCAGCGUCAGAUUCUGCUGCUGGCCGACGAGGCGACUCAGUGCGCCGCCCGCAUCGUCAAUAGCCCUCCGUUGUACCCGAAAAAUGCGAAAUACUCCUUCCCAACAUAUCUGAAGGACCGCCAGCCACAGCAGCCA